GGAUAUUUACAUGCAGGAGAACACAUUUGGACUUUUACAUUAUAUGCAACAAUUAAUUAAAAAGAUUUGCCUAUCCCAGAUCAUCAUUACAGGACACAAAAAGCCCCAAAUAUUAAAAAAGAGAUUGGUAAACUAUGUUGAAAAUAACGAACCAGUCAAAGAUGAGUGUGUAACAAUUGAAUUAUAAAGUAGAAAACUUAGAAAGUUUCGUGACAGCAUAUUUGGCUAUGAUUUCUUGAAUCUAACACCAAAAGCACCCACAACAAAAGAAAAAUAGAUAAAUCUAACAGAAAAAAAAAAAGACCAGAAAAGCAACGAGAGCAGCACCGUGUCCCUGGAGCUCGCCGGCCCUCCGCCUCCAGCAGCUGGCGAGGUGUUGAGACUGAGCAAGGGAAGUUCCCAGGACUUCUCCUGGCCUGAGUGUCCGAUAGGUUCCGGAACCGCGCGUCCUCCCUGCGUCCGGCUCCGCCGCCGGGACUGCAAAGCGCUGCCGCGUCCUCUCUCCUCCCCCAGUCCUCUCCCCGCGUCCCGGGCUCCUCCUGUCCCCGCCCCGCUCUCCCCUCUGCUCUGGAGAGUGCGGAGCUGCAGCACCGCAAGCCCAGCGCAGCCCGUCCGCCCGUAGAGAAAUCCGCGCCUCCAAAAGAGGCAAGAACCGCGAGGACCCGCGCGCCGGGAGGACUCUGCAGUGGACUGUAGCCUGGUCCCGCUUCCCAGGACGGACCCCACUGAGCCUGAGAGCCGCGGGCGCUCCGAUGCCAGGGUCGGGCCGGUAACGUCGCGGGCGCGCGCCUGGCGGCUGGGCCCGCCGGAGGCUGCAGGAGGCCGGCCUCGGCUCCCACCCCGCCUCCGUCCCCGCCCGGGCUCGGGCCUGACCCGCCCUCCAGCUCCGGCGCCUACCCCAGCCCGGCUGCCCAGGCUCGCCCGCACUAGUCGCCCGCGCGCCGCAGCCAUGUGUCCCCAGUCCGCGCUGCUGCUCCUGGCGCUGCGCGCGCUCCUGGCGCCCGCGGCCGGCGCCUGGCAGCUCACUGUGCUGCACACCAACGAUGUGCACAGCCGGCUGGAGCAGACCAGCGAGGACGCCAGCAAGUGCGUCAACGCCAGCCGCUGCGUGGGUGGCGUGGCCCGGCUCUUCACCCAGGUGCAGCAGAUCAGACGCGCAGAGCCCAACGUGCUGCUGCUGGACGCCGGAGAUCAGUACCAGGGCACUAUCUGGUUCACCGUGUACCGCGGCGCCGAAGUGGCCCACUUCAUGAACGCGCUGCGCUACGACGCCAUGGCACUAGGAAACCAUGAAUUUGAUAAUGGUGUAGAAGGACUGAUUGAUCCAUUCCUCAAGGAGGCCAAGUUUCCAAUUUUGAGUGCAAAUAUUAAAGCAAAGGGGCCCCUAGCAUCUCAAAUAUCGGGACUUUAUCAGCCAUAUAAAAUUAUUUCUGUUGGUGAUGAAGUUGUGGGAAUUGUUGGAUACACUUCGAAAGAGACCCCUUUUCUCUCAAAUCCAGGAACAAAUUUAGUAUUUGAGGAUGAAAUCACUGCCUUACAACCUGAAGUAGAUAAGCUAAAAACUCUAAAUGUGAACAAAAUCAUUGCCCUGGGGCACUCUGGGUUUGAAAUGGAUAAACUUAUCGCUCAGAAAGUGAAGGGCGUGGAUGUCGUCGUGGGAGGACACUCCAACACGUUUCUUUACACAGGCAAUCCCCCUUCCAGAGAGGUGCCUGCUGGGAAGUACCCAUUCAUAGUCACCGCGGAUGAUGGGCGGAAGGUCCCCGUGGUCCAGGCCUAUGCUUUUGGCAAAUACCUGGGCUAUCUGAAGAUAGAGUUUGAUGACAAAGGAAAUGUCGUCUCUUCACAUGGAAACCCAAUUCUUCUCAACAGCAGCAUUCCUGAAGAUCCAAGCAUAAAAGCAGACAUUAACAAAUGGAGGGUAAAAUUAGAUAAUUUUUCCACCCAGGAACUGGGCAGAACCAUCGUCUAUCUGGACGGCUCCACCCAGUCCUGCCGCUUCCGGGAGUGCAAUCUGGGCAACCUGAUCUGUGAUGCAGUGAUUGACAACAACCUGAGACACCCAGAUGAAAUGUUCUGGAACCACGUGUCCAUGUGCAUUUUAAAUGGAGGUGGCAUUCGUUCACCCAUUGAUGAGCGAAACAAUGGCACCAUCACCUGGGAGAACCUGGCUGCUGUGCUGCCCUUUGGAGGCACCUUUGACCUGGUGCAGUUAAAAGGCUCCACCCUGAAGAAGGUCUUUGAGCACAGUGUGCACCGCUAUGGCCAGUCCACUGGGGAGUUCCUGCAGGUGGGCGGAAUCCACGUGGUGUAUGAUCUUUCCCGAAAGCCUGGGGACAGAGUGGUGCAGCUAGAUGUGCUGUGCACCAGGUGCCGAGUGCCAUCCUACAGCCCUCUGGACAUGGACGAGGUAUAUAAGGUGAUCCUGCCAAGCUUCCUGGUCAGUGGUGGAGACGGAUUCCACAUGAUCAAAGAUGAGUUACUAAGACACGACUCUGGUGACCAAGAUAUCAACGUGGUUUCUACAUACAUCUCAAAAAUGAAAGUAAUUUAUCCAGCAGUUGAAGGUCGGAUCAAGUUUUCAGCGGGAAGUCACUGCCAUGGAAGCUUUUCUUUAAUAUUUUUUUCAUUUUUGGCAGUAAUCUUUGUUUCAUACCAAUAGCCAAAAAUUCUCAUUGCUGUUAAGGUGUGAAACUGCAUUUUUUUCAAGUGAGAUUCAGAUCACCCGUCCUUGCAGAUUACCCAUGUCCUUGCAGGUGCCCAGAUCACUGAGAGGCUGGCAUUGUCACUCAGGGUCAGUGAUUUAGUGAAAUAAGACAAAAAAAAAAUUAACCCAGGGCCCUAGGAGGAGAAAGCCAACUACAUUUAGUUUACAUAUCCACAUUUUAAUAAAAUUUUAUUAACAAUUUUAAA